AUGGCAUUCAAUGAGAAAUUGCACUUAGAAGAUGGCGCAGAAAAAGUUGAUGCUAGAAAUUAUCGAAGUUUGGUUGGAAGCUUAAUUUAUUUAACAAACACAAGGCUAGAUAUUGUGCACCCAGUCAAUCUUAUUUCUAGAUUCAUGAAUGAACCAAGCAAAAUCCACCUCACAACAGCAAAAAGAAUUCUACGCUACCUAAAAGGUACAAAGAAAUUUGGCAUCAAAUAUGUGAAAGAAAAAGAUAGCAAGCUAGUGGGAUAUACAUAUAGCGACUGGGCAGGUUCAAUUGAUGAUUGCAAGAGCACUUCUGGUUACUUAUUCUGCCUAGGUACAAAACCAAUUUCUUGGUCCUUAAAGAAGCAGAAAAAUGUUGCAUUAUCAUCCGCCGAAGCCAAAUACAUAGCAGCAACAAAUGCAGCAUGUGAAGUAGUAUGGUAA